GCAGCAUUCACACUGAAAAUUCACUCAUUGUUCAACUCAUCAGCUCAAGGUUUCCUUUUAUCUCGUCUUUAUAAACCACUUAAACAGCCCCCACGUAAUGAAUGUGGUUUUAUUUUGAAAAGUAUGAGCGGAAGUGCGUGUGCUUCCUCCCCCGCUAAAUUCCAAAGGCGGCGUGAAUCGAGGUGGAGCAGAGCAGUUCAGACACACACACACACACACACGGGUCUCACCUCCUCUCCAUCAUGGCUCCUCCGCCGGAUACCACGUUGGAUGUAAACGCGCUCGUGUGACGGGAAUAAACGGGUCCACGCGCCGUUAAAUGGAAACCAUGUCGCCGCAGCAGGGGGCCAUGGGACAGAGCCGGCCCGACUCCCUGACGGGGGACAGCAAGAAGAAGAUGAAGACUUUGGCCCAGAGGCGACAGUCCGCUCCCUCGCUGGUCAUCAGCAAGGCCCUCACCCGAUCGAGAAGCACGUCCAGGGAAAGCUGCCUCUCUCCAGUCCAGCCGGAGUCCUGUCCCCUGGUGCAGGCCUUCCUGGCCGAGUGUCCCCGCCGCCUCUUCCUGGGUCACGCCCAGACGCAGCUGAAGACGGGCCUGCAGACGCAGGACAGACACCUCUUCCUCUUCAGCGACGCGCUGCUGGUCGCCAAGGCAAAGUCUCCCACCCACUUCAAGGUGAAGGCGCAGGUCCGGGUGUGCGAGAUGUGGACGGCCGGCUGCUUGGACGAGGUGUGCGAGGGCACCACCAGCCCGGAGAGGAGCUUCGUCAUGGGCUGGCCCACCUGCAACUGUGUGGCCACUUUCAGCUCGGAGGAGCACAAGGAGAAGUGGUUGGCUCUCAUCAAAAGUCGGAUAAUCGCGGGCAAAGGGAAGGACGAGCCCAAAACCAUCCCUCUGAAGAUAUUCGCUAAGGACAUUGGGAAUUGUGCAUAUGCCAAGACGCUCGCGGUCAGCAACGGCGACAGCACGGCCGACGUCAUCCGCGUGGCGCUGCUGCAGUUUGGCAUAUCGGGCUGCGUGAAGGACCACCGGCUGUGGGUGAGCUCCAGUAAGGACGAGCCCCCCUACCCUCUCAUCGGCCAUGAGUUUCCCUUCAGCAUUAAGAUGAGCCACAUUCGGGACGGCGGGAGCUCUGGAGGAGGAGGGGGGGGUCCGUGGAGGGACCCCGCCUCCCCCACUGACUGCCCGGAGGUCCUGCUGCUGGACCAGUGCCUCCCUCCAGACACCCAGUGCCAGUUCAUCCUCAAGCCCAGCAAAGUGGCCCCGGGACAGGCGCCGCUUCUAGAGCCUGGCCAGCAGAAGUCCUUCAGGAGGAAGCGAUCCCUGAUCAACUGGCCCUUCUGGAAAGGCUCCAGCUGGCAGCUGGACGGCCCCCCGCUGUCCCCCAGCUCGCUGUCCCCCACCUUGCUGUCCCCCAUCUUGCUGUCCCCCACCCAGGGACGGCUGUUCGGACGGCCCCUGAGCUCCCUCUGCUCCCCGGACCUGCCCAAGCCCGUCAUGGACAUGCUGGUGUUCCUGUACCUGGAGGGGCCCUACACCCGGGGCGUCUUCAGGCGCUCAGCCGGGGCCAAAGCCUGCCGGGAACUCCGGGACCGCCUGGACCACAGAGACGAGGACCCGGAGAUCGCACACCAGUCGGUGUUCGUCAUCGCCGCCGUGCUGAAGGACUUCCUGCGUAACAUCCCGGGCGGCCUGCUGAGCGCCGACCUGUACGAGCAGUGGAUGGAGGCCAUGGGGGGGGGGGAGGAGGACGAGAGGACACAAGCCGUCCAGAGGUUGCUCCGCCUCUUGCCCCCCAACAACCUGCUCCUGCUGCGUCAUGUGAUCGCCGUGCUGCACCGUAUCCAGGGCAACGCCCAGGACAACCAGAUGAACGCCUUCAACCUGUCCGUCUGCAUUGCUCCCAGCAUGCUUUGGGCUCCGGCGCCGGGCACCCCCGAGAUGGAAGGCGAGGACACCAAGAAGGUGUGCGAGCUGGUCCGCCUCCUCAUCGAGAACUGCGGCGGCGUCCUGGGAGAAGACGUCGCGUUGCUGCUCCGCAGCUCCAACCAGAAGAGCGGCGGCAGCGACCACGGCUCAGACGUGUCGUCCUUCCAGAUGAACGACUCGUCCUACGACAGCCUGGAGAACGAGCUGAACGACGACCCCGAGUCCCCCUUCCAGGAGACGCCCCCCCUGCGGGACAAGGACAAGCCGGACAGCCGCAGCCGCGACUCCGUCAUCACCCUGAGCGACUGCGACGCCGACCCCGACCCCGACGGCGACCUCCUGCUGCGGCUCCCCCCGCUGGCCCGACCCCGGGGGUCCAACCCGGCCGCGCGGCAGCCGCCGCCGCCGCCCGCCCGCCAGGCCGGGGGGCCGUCGCGGGGGCCCAGGAGGCUGCGGCGGAGCUCGGAGCCCGCCUUGGCCCUGGCGAGCCCCCUGGCCUCGGGCACGGCGUCCGCUCAUGCCGACGGACCCCGCCCCCUGGCGAGGAAGGCGAGCUACGACGCUGCCCAUGGAGGGCGAGCCAGAGGGAGGGGAGUAAGGAGUUUCCUGGAGCAGAGGCUGAGCGGGCUGCAGCUGAAGGAGGAGGCGGAGGAGGAGGAGGACGGAGGCGAGAUGGGAGGAGCCAAGGUCCAGAACGGCGGGCGGUGGAAGGUGAAGCACGGCCCUCCGCUGCGGCUGGACGCUAGCUGCUCCAGCCUGUCGUCGCCGGCGACCUCACCCACAGGCUCCUCCCUCAGCUCCUUAGACUCCGCCUUCUCACAGUACUCCACCGACUACGCUGCCAACGGGGCGCUCUCAUUGGCCGAGCCUGCUUCUCUCUCCCCUCUCUUCCUCGGGCGGCCCCAUGUGUCCCCCCGGGACUCCCCCCCCCAGAGGGAAGCCCCGCCUCAUUGGCCUCCGCCCCCUCAAGUGCAGCGGACAUGCCAACCCCCCUCGCAUCCACCCAGCCUCCACCCGAACACUUGGAUUCAGAAGGACCGCCGCCUGUCCCUCAGGCAGUGCGACGAGGACUUGCCCGAGUCAAACGGGAGAACGCACGUGGGCGGUCCCGGCCCCCAGGACGCGGCGGCGGUGGCGGCGGCGAGCCGACGGAGAUCCAGCAGCCCGCCGUCCUACCAGCAGGCGCUGCUGCAGCUGCACGGCCGCUCUCCUUUCUACCGGGGCGGCGAGAAGCCCCUCACCAUCCGAGAGCUGCAGCAGGCCGCCACCCACGGACCCCCGAGCCCGGCUUCCCACACAGGAAGUGGGGUUAGACGCGAGUGCGCGCGGCCCCCCCAGGGGGUUUUCUUCGGACAGAACGCCACCGCCCUGGUGCUGCAGAGGCAGAGGUCUCCCUCUAUGACUCCGCCCGCGGAGGGACACAACUGGAGGCGGACCCUCCCCCGGCGAGCCUCCGAACCCUCCGAGGUCACCGCGACCUCCGACCUCUCCCGCAGCCUCACCCUGGGCAGGGCUCGCCCCGCCAGAGGAGGUCCGCGCCCCCGAGGGUCCGCGGGGGAACCGGACCGCGGCGAGGCGAGCCUCUGCCUGUCUCCCGCCGCCACCCGGGCCGUGCGGGACUACUUUUCCUCCCAGGACGCCGACUCCUGCCUGCAGAGGAGUCAGGAGGUGGCGCUCGCCAUCGCAGGGAAGAGGGAGUGGCAGAGCCGGCACUGCAGCGACCCGAGAGUCGACGACUUUGAGCAGCUGUUCUUUCUCGGAGGAAAUCAUAGUGUGAACUUGUGGGGUGAGAAGACCCCCCCCCCCCCCCCCAUAAGAUGA